AUGACGACUCCCAUCGUCGGCAACAUUCCAACAAACUACGAUCGGAGCCGUCGAAUGUCCGGUGCCUCUCCUGACAAUCAAGUAACAGACUUCCCUUAUCUAGACCGAACAAUGUCUUCAGGUGGCGGUGCUGUGGUCGACGAGAGCAAGGAAGCCAACAGGGAAAUCCAGAACCUCGCUCGCCAGUAUUCCCGUAUCUCGACCACUUCAGAGCCGGGAUACCACCCUUUCGAUGAAGCGAGUGUCGGGACAGAGGUCGAUCCUAACUCGGAAAACUUCAAUGGCAGGGCGUGGACCAAAGCCAUGCUGAAGCUCCAGAAGCUGGCAGGCCAGGAGAAUAUCGGCCGAUCCGCUGGUUUCGCCUUUCGUAACCUCUCGGCCUUUGGCUACACCAAGGGCAGUGACUUUCAGAAGACGGUCGACAAUUAUCCCCUGGCCCUGAUGGAUAUGGCGCGAGGUCUCUUGGGCAAUAAAGGUCGACGCGUCGAUAUUCUACGGAAUUUCGAAGGCGUGGUGCAGCCGGGUGAAAUGCUCGUCGUUCUUGGACCCCCUGGCUCCGGCUGUUCUACCUUCCUCAAGACCAUUACCGGCGAGACGCACGGCUUCAAUCUCAGUGAAGAUUCUUACAUCAACUACCAAGGCAUAAGCUACAAACAGAUGCACAACGAUUUCCGGGGUGAGGCGAUCUAUACCGCAGAACAGGACGUCCAUUUCCCCAUGUUGACGGUCGGCGAUACUCUACUCUUUGCAGCUCGAGCCCGAACACCGCAGAACUUGAAGCUACCCCCUGGCGUGACUAAAGCCAUGUACGCGGCUCACAUACGGGACGUGGUCAUGGCAGUCUUUGGCAUCAGGCACACCAUCAACACGAAAGUCGGCAAUGACUUUGUUAGGGGUGUCAGUGGCGGUGAAAGAAAGAGAGUGUCGAUUGCCGAAGCAACAUUGAGCAAUGCCCCCCUCCAAUGUUGGGAUAAUAGUACGCGUGGUCUGGAUUCGGCCAAUGCCAUCGAAUUUUGCAAGACACUCCGGACCUCAACCGACUUGAAUGACACGACUGCUGCUGUUGCCAUUUACCAGGCACCACAAAGUGCCUAUGACUAUUUCGACAAGGUUCUUGUUCUCUAUCAAGGUCGCCAGAUCUUUUUCGGUCGCACCACUGAAGCUAAGAAAUACUUUGAAGAUAUGGGCUUUGAAUGUGCCAAACGCCAAACGGUUCCUGACUUCCUUACCUCCAUGACCAAUCCGAUUGAACGUCUCGUCCGGAAGGGUUACGAGGCGCAGGUGCCUCGCACCCCAGACGAGUUUGCCGAACGAUGGCAGCAGAGCGAAGCACGACAGAAGAUGUUGCAAGAGCUCGAGGCCUUCGAAGAGGCCAAUCCCAUUGGGGGACCCAACUUGCAAAGUUUCCAACAAUCUCGUCGGAUCCAACAGUCAAAAGCUCAACGCAAGUCUUCUCCGUACACAUUGUCAUAUGGAGGUCAGGUUAGAUUGUGCUUAUGGCGUGGCUUCAAGCGACUUAUGGAUGAUCCUGCCAUUACCCUCACACAGCUUUUCGCCAACUGCAUCAACGCCCUCGUGGUUUCUUCCUUAUUCUACAACCUGCCAGCAGACUCAAAUUCACUCCGAUCCAGAAGUUCACUUAUCUUUUUCGCGGUAUUGCUCAAUGCGUUUGGUAGCGCUCUUGAGAUCCUCACGCUAUACGCACAGCGUCCGAUUGUUGAGAAACAUCAACGAUAUGCAUUGUACCACCCGUCGGCUGAGGCUUUCGCGUCAAUGCUCACAGACGUUCCCUCCAAGACCCUCAAUUCCAUCGGCUUCAAUCUGAUCCUCUACUUUAUGACAAACCUUCGACGGACUCCUGGUGCCUUCUUUUUCUUCUUGUUCACCUCAUACAUCUUGACAUUUACCAUGAGCAUGUUGUUCCGCGUCAUCGCGUCAGUUUCAAGAUCUCUGGUAGAGGCUUUGGUUCCGACAUCUGUCUUGAUGAUCGCCAUUGUCGUGUAUACAGGCUUCGUUAUCCCUGUAGACUACAUGCACGGCUGGGCUCGCUGGAUCAAUUACAUCAAUCCGACGGCCUAUGGGUUUGAAAGUCUGAUGGUGAACGAAUUUCACAAUCGUAACUAUCCAUGUUCGUCCUUUGUCCCUCCGGCACCGCAGUUUGGAAAUGGUUCAACCACGUCCCAAAUUUGUACCGUCAUUGGAUCUGUAGCUGGUCAGACUUUCGUCGAUGGCGACGCUUAUAUCAACAUCUCCUACAAAUACUUUGCCUCCCACAAAUGGCGGAACAUUGGCAUCUUGUUCGCAUUCACGAUCGGGCUCUGUAUAGUAUACCUGGUUGCUACCGAGACAGUGAGCGCCAAAAAGUCCAAAGGUGAAGUGCUACUAUUCCGACGAGGCCACAAACCGGCAUUCUUGAAAGAGCAAGCGUCUGAUAUGGAGACGGGAGGAUCUGACCCUAAUCUUGUUGCUCUCGAAAGGAGGCAGACCAAGGACGAGCAACUGACACGACAGGUCACUGCUGUGAUCCAGAAGCAAACUGCCAUUUUCCAGUGGAAGGACGUCUGUUACGACAUCAAGAUCAAAGGCCAACCCCGCCGCAUUCUGGAUCAUGUUGACGGUUGGGUCAAGCCCGGGACCAUGACAGCUCUGAUGGGUGUCUCAGGUGCGGGCAAAACCACCUUACUCGACUGUCUCGCGACACGGGUGACUAUGGGUGUGAUUACGGGCGAAAUGCUAGUCGAUGGAAGACAACGUGACGAAUCCUUCCAGAGAAAGACAGGUUAUGUGCAGCAACAGGACUUGCAUCUUGAGACGAGUACCGUACGAGAGGCGUUACGUUUCAGUGCCUUACUACGACAGCCAAGAGAUACACCUCGAAAGGAAAAGAUUGCUUAUGUCGAAGAGGUUAUCAAGUUGCUCGACAUGCAGGAAUACGCUGACGCCGUGGUUGGCGUUCCAGGUGAAGGUCUCAACGUGGAACAGCGGAAGCGUUUGACAAUCGGAGUAGAGCUUGCCGCACGUCCUCAACUUCUUCUCUUCCUUGAUGAACCUACGUCCGGCCUUGAUUCACAGACAUCCUGGUCUAUUCUCAACCUUCUCGAGAAGCUCACAAAAGCUGGCCAGGCUAUCCUAUGCACCAUUCACCAACCGUCCGCUAUUCUAUUCCAGAGAUUUGAUCGCCUGCUAUUCCUUGCAGCCGGUGGUAAAACUGUGUACUUUGGUCCUGUUGGCAAAGACUCUAGUGUCCUGAUUGACUAUUUCGAAAGAAACGGCGCUCAUCAAUGUCCAGCUGGUGCUAACCCAGCAGAAUAUAUGCUCGAGGCCAUUGGUGCAGCCCCUGGAUCGCAUUCGGAUAUUGACUGGUUCCAAGUCUGGCGCAAUUCACCAGAGUACCAGGAAGUGCACCGAGAAUUGGAAGAGAUGAAGACCGAACGAUCUCAAAUGGUGGCCCCGAUUUCAGGGAACAAGGCAGAUUAUUUCGAAUUUGCCGCGCCUUUCAUGGUACAAUUCUGGGAGACGCAGAAACGGGUUUUCGAGCAAUAUUGGCGAACCCCGGAGUAUAUUUACUCCAAGCUGCUGUUGUGUUGCCUCACAGGUCUUUUUAUCGGCUUCUCCCUCUUCAAGGCUCCCAAUACUCAACAAGGACUCAAUAACCAGCUUUUCGGUAUUUUCAUGGUGCUGGUCCUCUUCUCGCAGCUGGUGCAACAAAUCAUGCCUCUCUUCGUCACGCAACGCAGCCUCUAUGAAGUUCGUGAGCGUCCUUCAAAGGCCUACUCGUGGAAGGCAUUUAUGCUAUCCAACAUCCUCGUCGAGCUCCCUUGGGCGACAUUGGGAGCAGUGAUCUUGUUCUUCUGUUGGUAUUACCCUAUCGGGCUGUACCAAAAUGCGACAUACACCGACUCUGUGGCCUCCCGUGGAGCAACGCAAUUCUUAUUUGUGUUGGAGUUUCUCCUCUUCAGCAGCACUUUUGCCCAUCUGAUGAUUGCUGGGAUUGCAACAGCAGAGACCGCCUCCAACAUCGCAAAUGUCUUGUUCUCGCUCUGUCUUCUAUUCAAUGGUGUCUUGGUCGGCCCUAAAGCAAUGCCCGGAUUUUGGAUUUUCAUGUACCGAGUGAGUCCUUUUACAUACCUAGUCGAAGGACUUCUCAGCGUAGGUAUCGCACACGCGCCUGUUGUAUGUGCAGCCAACGAAUACCUCCAUUUCACUGCGCCUGCUGGUCAAACAUGUGGCCAGUAUCUCGGCCCCUUCAUCGAACAAGCUGGCGGCUAUCUCCUGGAUUCGGACACUUCGCAGUGCCAAUUCUGCACCGUCAACAGUACGGACACCUUUUUGUCGUUGGUGAGCAUCUCCUUCGACCAUAGAUGGCGCGAUUUCGGUAUUUUGUUUGUAUAUAUUGCCUUCAACGUGUUCGCAGCGGUGGUGAUUUACUGGUUGGCCAGAGUGCCAAAAGGGAAGAAGUAUGCCGGCAAGGACGCAGCCAAGAGCGAAGCGUUGGUGAAAACCCUGAGCAACGCGAGUCAGGGACAACAAGUCACCAGUGGGAAUUAUGAGAAGAGCCCCGCUGUGCUCGGUGCUCCUGCAGACAAGGACCGUCGCACCACUCCGUCGUCGAACGACUCGGACAGCGAGAGCGAUCGAUCUACCCGGGAGAAAGACUCCGCUUCCACGACAGAGAAGCGAGAAGAGGCGGUCGAAAUAACAGAGCCCGAGAAAGCCCAAGGAAGUCAGAACGACACCAUCGUGCCAUCUGAUGCGGCAGAGAGACCGACGACCGAGCGCUUUACCACGGCACCGCAGUUUUGA